AGUCACUUCACUUCCUGGCUUCCAGCAACCACAUCACCAAACGGAAAAGUGGAAAGGAAGAUUUUUUUUCCAAAAAAAAUUGAACUCCAGUAAAAAUUUAGUUCCUGAAAAAGCCGGCAGUCUGUGCUCAGAACUAUAAAAUCGAGGAUCUGAAACUUCCAACCAAAUUGGUGUUUGUGUGUGUGUGUGUGUGUGUGUCCUCUCACUCUCUCUCUCUCUCUCUCCCUCCACGGCUAAGAAAUCGCAGGCGCUGCGUUGAUGUCCACAUUCGCAACGUAAUCAGACUGAAUGCCCCCUCAUCCCUCUUUGCAAACAGGAUUUUCUGGUACGCCUGUAAUCAAUGCUGAUGCUGUCUCACCGCGCUCUACUCCCCAAACACAGGGGCUGAAACCGCAGCUGUGCACCACUGGAUUUUAUACUUUGACCUAGCAGAGGGGCAGGAGAACAGGAGGGAGAGAAAGCAAAGAGGGAAUCUUUUUUCCAUCGACCAUUCAAACUUCUCGAACAGUUUCCUGGGUGUUGCGGAACCAACACUUUGAAGAAUCGACGAUCCCCAUGUACUGGAAAAGUGAAACUCUGGCUCCUCUGUCAGAGGGGAACAAGGUUCUAUCUGAAGGAAUUCCAGCUGAAAAGGUAAUGUCAAAGGACAGCCAGCAUAAACAAGGCACCUCGCGCUGUGUGGAAAACAAAAUUUCUCAGAUCAUGUCUCACUCUGAUGCUGACACAUUGGGAACUAACGUGGAGAAGGAUGAGAUUCGAUCUUCCCCUAGUCCUCCAUCUACUCCCUCGAUUUCAUCUCCGCCUUCAUCGUCUUACUCCAUCACCUCUGCCGACAAAAACAUCUGUGCCAGUUGUGGGUUGGAAAUCCUCGAUAAAUAUCUGUUAAAGGUGAAUAAUUUGAUCUGGCAUGUUCGUUGUUUGGCUUGUUCAGUCUGCAGGACCUCCCUACGCAGACAUACCAGCUGUUACAUUAAAAACAAAGAAAUCUUCUGCAAAGUGGAUUAUUUCAGCCGGUUUGGCACGAAGUGCGCCCGCUGUGGUAGGCAGAUCUAUGCCAGUGACUGGGUACGGAGAGCACGGGGUAAUGCCUACCACCUGGCAUGCUUUGCUUGUUUCUCCUGCAAGAGGCAGCUCUCCACAGGGGAGGAGUUUGGGCUGGUGGAAGAAAAAGUACUGUGUAGGAUCCACUAUGAUACUAUGCUGGAAAACCUCAAGCAAGCAGCGGAGAAUGGUAAUGGGCUAACCUUGGAGGGAGCUGUACCUUCAGACCAAGACAGUCAUCCGAAACCAGCCAAGAGAGCACGGACGUCAUUCACAGCAGAGCAAUUACAGGUGAUGCAGGCACAGUUUGCACAAGACAAUAAUCCUGAUGCACAAACACUUCAGAAGCUUGCAGACAUGACUGGCUUGAGCAGACGUGUUAUCCAGGUCUGGUUUCAAAACUGCAGAGCACGACACAAAAAGCAUACUCCACAACAUGCAGUAGGUCAACCAGGUCCCCCUCGGUCUCGCCUUCCUCCGUCCCUAUCAGAGGACAUUCAUUACCAAGCUUUCAGUCACCAUGAGCGGACUAGGAUGGUGGCACUUCAUGGUUAUGUGGAAAGCCAUCCAUUUUCAGUAUUGACAACACAGUCUAUUCCACACCAAGCUUUGGCUCUGCCACAAUUGCCAAUCAGCCGUUGAUCCCUCCAUCAAAAACAGUCUUUGAAGAACAGAUGGCAUUCAUGGAUCGUGUGACAAGCAAAAAUUUAAUUCAUAAAUCCCACUUGUGUAAAUUCUAAGUCAUGUAUUAAGAUGUAAUGACCUAGCUACAUCCUGUUCAUUCCUUGUUUUUCAAAUAGUAUGAAAUUCAAUUCCUAACAUAAGAAAACAAGAUUAGAAAAUGCUGGAAACACUCAACCAACAGGAUCUUCAGAUAACAGACAAGUUAACCUUUCAGACAUGGACCCUUUGCUAGACCUGUUUUCCAGCAUCUGUGGUAUUUUGCUUUUUGUUCAUUGUCUAAGGACCAUUUCACUAAUCCGAAGGCUGGACCUUUUGAUUUUGUCAGGAUUAGGACUGACCUCAAUGAUAAAACAAUGUUUUUGCCCAUUUUAUUUCUAGUGACAGUAUUAAUGUUUUUUUCUGCACCAGAGGUGAUUAAAGCAGCUGCUGUGACCAAUCACCUCUACAUUGUAAUCAGUAAUAUUUGGCUUGAGGUGAAUUAACUUUGAACUUUGAUUUGCUUCUAUUUCAUUUAUUGACAAUGCAGUAUGAUGGCGUUCUGCAUUGUAGUUCAUGCCUCCCAAUAUUAGCUGCAACUAGGUCAUCUUUAAACAUCCUGGUCUUGCACCACUCAAUGUGGAUGGUUCACUUGUACCGCAUUUCUUAAAUUGGUAUUUUUCAGCUCCCAAAAUCACUUGGCAGUAUAAUAACUGGCAUUCCUUCAACCCAUCAACUCAAGUCCUGGACAAGGUGCUCCAGUCCAUUUCUUAAAAACCUAACUUUCAGGCUCUAUUUUGGGUCAUCUUUUCAAAAUGACUUUCAAAUGGAAACUUCCCCAAGUAUAUUCUGUUAUUGUACCACUUGCAGAUCAGCCAGUCCACAUCAAUGGGGAAUUUACUCACUACACUGAAAAUGCAUUGCCCUGCAGCAACAAUAUGGUGCCACUUUGAAAACCCACACAGUGAUAUAAUUUUGUUGACUUCGCUAUUCAAAAUAAAUUUUCAUAAACUGUUAAAAUUGUCUGUGUUUUAAACUAGAUAAUCAGUGGGGCUUGUUAACUCUCAAAAAUAUAAAACUGUCAGAGAAUAGGACCAUAAAACUCAUUCAGCCUUGAGUUCAUGAGUUACACAGAGUACUGCCUCUCAGUAAUUUACUGUAGCUUAGUUUUAGUAAGCUACAACUUCAUAUCAAUAAUUAAAGUUUAGUUACAAUCAAUAAUGUCGAGUUUAGCUCAGUUGAAAUUUUGGUGAUUUCAAGUUUGACAUAGCAACUCAGUUUAAAAACUAAUCUUCUUUACCCAUCGCACUGUAUUUGAACAAAACAUUUGAUGUGUCCCAGACCAGUUCCGCUACAAUCACUGGCUGAAAUUUAUUGUACAAAAUGUUCUUCUCAUGUGAUAUGAAUAAAUGAUGUCUCAGAAGAAAAGGAAGUCCACAUUAGCUGUCUUCAUUUGUUCAAAUAAUGAUUGGAGGAAUAUGGUGCAGAAUUUCCAAUAUGAUCAUUGUGAAACUAUUGGAUGGGUGAAAUUGGGUUGUCUUUGUACAUGGGGUUGCUGGCUUAGUUAGAAUGAUUGAAACACUUAGUGGUGCUGACUUUCCAGUUUAGUUUGUGAAUCUCAGUACAGGGAUAAACAGAACAAAGCCAUUAAUGUUUGAUCCCUAGGCUGAAUCCCUGCGCUGAAUAUGCUAUCUCAACCAGAGUGACAGAGGGCCCCUGUGAUUUUCUCAAGUUGACCUGAAUUAGGGUCUAUGUCUGUGAAAGAUUCUGCUCUCGGCCGCUAUGUUGUGACUCAUGCUGGGCAAGUGUACAAGAGUGGAGAGGAUAUUUGCGAUGUCAAGUUGCCUGUGCUGAGCAUUAUUUCUAGAGUCACAAAUUAAAAUUCAUCACUUGGGUAAUUGAAAGUGUCAAGGCCUUCAUGACAGGAGGAAAGAAAUAGGACAGAAUGGUUUGAAAACUAAAAUACUUAAGUGAUAUUUUUCUCUGAUGCUAGAAACAAAUUAAUAUUGCUUGCCAACCCUCUGUGAAGUGUAUGAGAAAUACAAGAGAAAUGGCCAGAGGUCACAACAGAAUAUUUGUUGCCAAUUUUAGUUAACAUAUGGAAUUCUUGCCUGAUUUAUCAAUAUUCUACUUUUCAGUUCACCUGGGUAAUCAAUCUCAUUUGUUUCUAAAUACAGCUUACUGUGGCUCUGCACGAAUGUAGUCAGAGCAUGCCAGAUCUUGGGGCAAGUGAGCUAGUGAUAUAAGAACAAGAAUAACAAAAAGAUGAACAAGUGAAUUAAAAGAUGAGAUUUACAUUUUUAAAAUUUCAAAAAUUACCUUAUUUCUCAACAAAAAGGGAGUAUCAUUCUGUUUCAGAUAAGCAUGCCCAAAUUGGAUUUAAUUGACUUCAGUGUGACUAAGCAGUACAGCAGAGUCUCUGUUGUGCUAGCAACAUUUCAGGAUGUGGUCUACAGCCCUCUUUCAGGCGAUUAUUUAUUGCUGACAUCAGCAGCUUGAAUUCCCAAGUAAAAUAUCUGCAGGAAGACAUCAAAUUAUAGCAUUUACUCAUUUUGCAAACCUGUUUAGAAUUAAAAGUGGGCCAGUAGAUUGAAAUGAGUGACCACUGUUUAUCAAAAUAAGAAGGAUUGCACAGAGUUAUAUUUACCUAGUCUUCAGAUCAAGGACUUGAAUCACCUUGGUGCUUAAAUCAAGUUGAGUGCUUCAUUUCUGGAUUCAAACCAGGCCAGAGUGUGUCUUGCAUUCUAGUACAACAUCUUGCUCUCACUUUCUGACCAGUAGCAGAUCCAUUCCUAAGCAUGUACACAGUGGGGAAAGAUGGGCUCUUGUUACACAUUGGUCCCUUCUAUACCAUUGAGCAGGAAGGUCUGGGUUUGUCACCCUUGCUGAAAAGAUGUCUUGUAACACAUCUGAACAGGCUGAUUUUAAAAAUUACCUCCAGCAAAGAAAGAUACAAUUUGUUGUUUUUCAUCGGGAUGACUUGUUUGGUUGCUAAUGGUCACACACCCACUUUUAGUCUCAGAGGUUUCAACUUUAUCUAAUAUACUUGGAUUUCUUGUCAUCCUGUAUUUUAACCGGCAACAGUGACUAAUAGAGGAUGCAGACAAGUCACUGUUUUGCUUGUCUGGCUAGCUGGAGUGGUGAGGAAACAAUAAGUUGUGGAAGUAACUAAAUACUUUGUCAGAAUUUUACACAUUUUACCAUAAAGGAAAUCAAGUUGUGUAGAUCUCAUUUAUAGCUCAAUGCGAUUCAGAAACAAUUCCAGCAAUGAAUGUACCAGCAAUUUAACCGUAGAACAUUGGCUGAAUCAUCAUACCUCAUACAGACAAGUUUAUUGUUUAUUCUACGCUGAAAGAAACUAUAAAGGUUUACAAGAACCAUCUAAGCUAGAGCAAAGAAGCACAAUGACCACAUUAUUUUGUUAUGAUAAAAAAAAUUGUUUACUUCUUUCCAAGCAUACUGUCAUCGUAUGUCCAACUUUGUAACAUGAAAAAAGAGAUUUCACUCUCGAUCACCGAUUUUGCUAAAGCCUAAAACAUGUCUUGUCAUAUGUGUUCUUGUACAUAGAUGUUUAAAGUGUUUUUAAUCCAAUUGUAAAUUGUUUGUUU